UAAACGACGGAGAAGAAGAGCUCAAGCUCCACAACAAAAUAUGUCAAAGUUUCCCUGCGGUGCCGCUGCUGUCCUCGCAUUCCUGUCUUUUCUCUGACGCCAAAGAUGGGCUCCCAACCGGACAGAGGCGGCUUCUGUCUACUCAUGCUCCUUAUAUUUCUCUCGGAGGCACAUUUUCGAUGGCAGGCGCAGGCCCAAAGCUGCGUGUGGUACGGGGAGUGCGCAGAGUCUGAAACGGUCGCCGGAAAGAAAUAUAACUGUAACUACACUGGACCUCCUAUUCCUCUGGACCCAGAGGGUGAUGACCUCCUCAAGGAACUGUGUCCCGGUUAUGACUAUGGAACUCGCGAACUAUGCUGCAAUGUGGACCAGUUGCGUACUCUCAAGGGGAGUCUCCAGCUGCCCCUCCAGUUUCUGUCCCGGUGUCCUUCGUGUUUCUUUAACUUGAUGAACCUCUUCUGCGAGCUGACGUGCAGCCCCCACCAGAGUCAAUUCUUGAAUGCCACCAAGUUCAAAAGCACAAAUUCCACAGAGUUCAACAGCUCCAGCGUGGUGGAGGUUCAGUACUACAUCGGAAAAGCAUUCUCCAACGCCAUGUACAACGCCUGCCGGGACGUACAAGCACCAUCCAGCAACGUGAAAGCCUUGUCGCUGCUGUGUGGCAAAGAUGCCAAGGACUGCAACGCCACCAACUGGAUCGAGUACAUGUUUGACAUAAACAAUGGGCAGUCGCCGUUUCCUAUCAUACCAAUAUUCUCUGAUGUGCCGGUGUCUGGCUACACACCCAUGAACAACAAGACGUAUGGCUGCUCCGAAGGCCUGGAGGAUGGUUCCGGUCCUUGCUCCUGCCAGGAUUGUACCACAACAUGCGGGCCCAAACCCGUUCCGCCGCCGACCCCGCCUCCCUGGACAAUCAUUGGUAUUGACGCCAUGACCGUCAUCAUGUGGAUCUUUUACAUGGCCUUCCUUUUCGUGUUUGUCGGCACAGUGCUCGCAGCGUGGUGUUACAGGAAAAGGACAAUCAUGUCGGAAUACGGGCCCAUAUUGGAUAGCAAUAACCCGUUGUCUCUCAACAGCGAUAAUCCUGAAGCAGUCCACGCGUCAUGCUGCGAGACGCUGGGCGAGCGUUUCGAGAACAUGAUGCGGGUGGGCUUCAGCUCUUGGGGUUCGUUCUGCGUGCGCUACCCGGGUCUGGUCAUCCUGGCCAGCCUGCUCCUGGUGGUGGCCUCCUCGGGCGGUCUGGUGUACAUGCGCAUCACCACCGACCCAGUGGAGCUGUGGUCGUCUCCCGGCAGCCAGGCGCGCCAAGAGAAGGACUACUUCGACAGCCACUUCGGGCCUUUCUACAGGACGGCUCAGCUCAUCAUCACCACGCCGCUCAACGAGACCUUCACCUACGAUCCCUACUUUGGAGGUUCGUCUGUCCCCUUUGGAGCCAUCUUGGAUAAGGACAUCCUUCAUCAGGUGCUGGAUCUGCAGCUUGCCAUCGAGGCGCUCGUCGCCCCGUACGAUGGCCAAAACAUCACGCUGAAGGACAUAUGCCUGGCCCCGCUGGCCCCGUACAACGACAACUGCACCAUCCUGAGCAUCCUCAACUACUUCCAGAAUAGCCACGCUGUGCUAGAUCACAUGCUUGGUGACCAGUUCUUCAUCUACGCCGACUUUCACAGCCAUUUCCUCUACUGUGUCAGCGCACCGGCAUCCCUCAACGACACCACUCUCCUCCACGAUCCUUGUCUUGGCACUUUUGGAGGUCCCAUCUUCCCUUGGCUGGCCCUGGGUGGCUACGACUCCACCAACUACAACAACGCCAGCGCUCUCGUCAUCACCUUCCCAAUCAACAACUACCUCAACGACAUGGCCAGGCGGGGCAAAGCUCUGGCAUGGGAAAACGAAUUCAUCCGCUUCAUGAAGGAGUUCCACAACCCCAACCUGACCAUCGCCUUCAGCGCCGAGAGGAGCGUCGAGGAUGAAAUUAACCGGGAGAGCAACAGCGACAUCAGCACCGUCGUCCUCAGCUACGCCAUCAUGUUCGUCUACAUCUCGCUGGCGCUGGGACACAUCCACAGCUGCAGGAGGCUGCCGGUGGACUCCAAGAUUUCUCUGGGCAUAGCCGGCAUCCUGAUCGUGCUGAGCUCGGUGGCAUCCUCGCUGGGCAUCUUCAGCUACUUUGGCAUCCCGCUCACCCUCAUCGUCAUCGAGGUCAUCCCCUUCCUGGUGCUGGCUGUCGGCGUGGACAACAUAUUCAUCAUCGUGCAGACGUAUCAGCGAGAUGAGCGGAUGCCCCAGGAGGAACUUCACCAGCAGAUCGGUCGCAUCCUCGGCGACGUCGCACCCAGCAUGUUCCUGUCCUCCUUCUCUGAGACGGUGGCCUUCUUCCUUGGAGCGCUGUCCAACAUGCCUGCAGUUAGGACCUUCUCCCUCUUUGCUGGCCUGGCUGUUUUUAUUGAUUUCCUGUUGCAGAUCAGCUGCUUUGUGAGCCUUCUGGGCUUGGACCUGAAGAGACAGGAGGCGAAUCGUCUGGAUAUCAUCUGCUGCGUGAAGCUGCCCGAAGGUCAGGAAGCCAAGACGGACAGCAUCCUCUUCCGCUUUUUCAAGAAGUUCUACGCACCAUUCAUCCUCAAAGAGUGGGUGCGGCCCAUUGUUGUGGCUGUGUUUGUGGGAGCACUCUCCUUCAGUAUAGCUGUGGUGAAUAAAGUUGAGAUCGGACUGGAUCAGCAGCUCUCCAUGCCUGAUGACUCGUACGUGUUGGAGUACUUCAAGAACCUGAACCAGUAUCUCCACACGGGAGCUCCGGUCUAUUUUGUAGUGGAGGACGGCCUGAACUACAGCAGCCUGGAGGGCCAGAACGCAGUGUGUGGCGGCGUGGGCUGCAACAACAACUCUCUGGUGCAGCAGAUCUACUCUGCGUCGCUCAUCAGCAACUACUCCACCAUCGCCUUCACGCCUUCCUCUUGGCUGGACGACUACUUCGAUUGGGUGAAGCCACAAUCCACCUGCUGCCGUUACUACAACGCCACCGGAGCCUUCUGUAACGCUUCGGUGGUGGACCCAUCAUGUGUGCACUGUCGACCCAUGACGCAAAGCGGGAAGCAGAGGCCCGUGGGCGGUGACUUCAUGCACUUUCUUCCCAUGUUCCUGUCGGACAAUCCCAAUGUCAAGUGUGGAAAGGGCGGCCACGCAGCGUACGCCACAGCAGUGGAUGUGUAUCCCAACAACACCCAGGUGGGAGCCAGCUACUUCAUGACCUUUCACACCAUUCUGAAGGAGUCGUCAGACUACAUCGACGCUUUGAAAAUGGCCCGCGUCUUGGCUGACAACAUCAGCCAGACCAUGGACCACAAGGUUUUUGCCUACAGCGUCUUUUACGUCUUCUACGAGCAGUACCUGACCAUCGCGUACGACACAGCCUUCAACUUGAGCGUGUCGCUGGGCGCCAUCUUCGUGGUGACCGCCGUGCUGCUGGGCUUCGAGCUGUGGUCGGCCGUGCUGGUGUGCGUCACCAUCGCCAUGAUCCUGGUCAACAUGUUCGGCGUCAUGUGGCUGUGGAACAUCAGCCUCAACGCCGUCUCACUCGUCAACUUGGUCAUGGCCUGUGGGAUUUCCGUUGAGUUCUGCAGUCAUCUGGUUCGAGCUUUUUCCAUUAGCAUGAAGAAGAGCAGAGUGGCACGAGCUGAGGAGGCGUUGGCUCACAUGGGCAGCUCGGUGUUCAGCGGGAUCACAAUGACAAAGUUCGGCGGCAUCCUCAUCCUGGCGCUGUCCAAGUCGCAGAUCUUCCAGGUGUUCUACUUCCGCAUGUACCUGGCCAUCGUGCUGCUGGGUGCCGCGCACGGCCUCAUCUUUCUGCCCGUGCUGCUCAGCUACACAGGUCCCUCGGCCAACAGGGCGAAGGUGUUUGCAGCCAACAGGCGCUUCGUCGGGACCGAAAGGGAGCGGCUCCUGAACUACUAACACAGGCAGGCACGCAGGCAGGCAGGACAACGAUACUUUUGUCUGAACGGGAGCGUGUGGGUUGUGAGUGCCACAGGCUCCCGCACCUCCCCCCCCAACAUCCCACCCUCGUCUUCUUCUAGCCGUUACUGACACUCGUCAUGGCCGCCGUUGACUUUUUACAUGGAUUGGACUGAGGAAUAUUACUUGACAUUUCUCGUCACACUACAACUGUCGGGCGCUUCCGUGACAGAAUCAAGACUGGAAUAUCAUGCACAACUCUCAGUUGACAGACAGUUGCAUAACCGGUAGGUGAUUUGGGAAUCUUUAAAGGGGAAUACUGGUCAGUUUUAAAAAAUAUAUAUAUAUAUUUUAUAUAUAUAUAUAUAUAUAUAUAUAUAUAUAUAUAUAUAUAUAUUUUUUUUUUUUUUAGAUAUAGAUGUAAACCACAAAUUCAAUUCUUCGGUUUUUUGUUUUAAUUCCAUUUUUUAAAUACACAAGUCUGCUUACGUCAGAGCUCAAGCUAACGUGUUCCAAAUCCUCAAUGAUACAAAGUAACUAACGAUGCAAUAACUUGCCGCUUGGAACUACUGUGUGUAAUUACUCAGGUUUUGCUCUCAUUGUUGGCGAGAUGGGGCGUGAAGCCUUCCACGCUUGGAGAAGCCUCAGCAAGGUAUACUUAGGAAAGUCCUAACAUGGACGAACUGUGUAAAAUAAGAUCUUUUUGCAGUUACUGAACAGUUGUUAUGCACAUGUGUGAAUACCUCUAAUUUAAGGAAUUUAAAUAAUCUCUUACAUCCUUGACAGUAAUGUUUGGAAAGUUAUUAUUUUACAAUAUUACCUCGUAGUAUUAACUGUAAUACUGGAAUAUGCUCUCAAAGGAACAGUACGACUUUUUUGUUGUUGUUGGGAUACAACUUUUAAUUGAUGGAAUUGUGUUUUUGGUUUUUUUGGAAUGAUUAUGAAGCUGUGUUGAAGUGACGCAACCAUUCCUUUUGGAUACUAGUUUUUAAAAACAAUUUUAGUACAUUAUUAAAAUGUUUUCACCCCAAAAAUG